AGAGACUGGUGAAGCAUUGGAGUGUGUUUUUUCAGAAAUAGAAAUGGAAAUGGAAAUAGCAGCAGAGCAACAAUGGCAGCAAGCGGAGGAGGAGGAGGCGGAUGUCGCGGCGGACGCGGUGGCUUUGCAAGGAAGGCGGCCUCGGCUUCCCAACACCACCGCCGCCGCUGCAAGUAUUGGUGAGAGUAGUAAUGGUGAUGUAAUGGUGACCUCCCCAGAGCCUUCCAAUGGAUUUGGAGACGGAGAAUAUCGACAGCAGGAGCUUCCAAAUGGUAAUGGUGAUGGUAAUGGAGGAGGAGCUUCUAAAUGGAACGUUUACUUUGACAAUGACCAAGGAAUAUGGAAAUGUCGAAACUGCUUUUGGACCUACCAAAGUGGAAGUCCGUGGAUUGAUCACACUCAGCAUCCUAAGUGCAAGUGGCAAUUGCAUAUGCCGAUGCAUGUCGAAACUGUAGAUCAACAGGGACAAUGUUUCUAUUGUGAAAUUAAAGAUACUAAAUCCAUUAAUGGACUCUCUAUGACAGAAAAUAGUAGUGUUCAAGUUUUUUCUUCUGAGAAAAAUCCUGGAGAUGAUGGAUUAGUCAUCACAGAAAAUAAUUUUGUCAGUCAAAGCACUGUAAUUAACCAUCAACACAAGCAAAUCCUGAAGGAUGGCAGCUUCUCUGGAAAGUCAUUUGAAGAACAUAACACAAACAAAUCUAUCAGUGAUAUAACAGUAGCAUGUGAUGAUACUGAGCUAAUAAAGGAGAGUGAUCAGGAAUUGGCAGAAUUAGACGUUGAGGGAGUAUUAGAGAAGCAGGAUACACAUGACUUGUACUGUCCAAAUUGCAAUUCUUGCAUUACCAGAAGAGUUAUUCUUCGUAAACGAAAACGCAAAAUUCGAAUUCCUGGUGAAGAUGCAAAACGUAACAAAUUGGAAACAGUAGUUGCAUCUGAGUUAGAUGCUAUUUCUGGCCAUGCAACCAACGAUCAAGGUCAUAAUGCAGUUGAUUUUUCCUUGGAUGGUAGUCCAACACCUGCAGCCAAUGACAACAAUCGUGACAGAGAGCCAGAGAUUUUCAGAUGUUUAUCAUGCUUCAGCUUUUUCAUUCCUACUGGUAAUGGUUUUAAGAUGUUCAAUAUAUUUGGAGAUAAAAGGGACAAGGAAACCAUGCAAAAUCCUCAACAAAUAUCAGCAAAGAAGAAAAAUUGGCUUUCAUCUAUUUUUGCAUCACGUAACGAUGAAUUGUUGAUCGUGCCAGCAUCAAACCAAGAAGUUACAUCACCUCCUCAAUUGUUUGGUGCUCAUGGACUUGUAAUAACCGGUAGUGCUGAACCUCCAGAAGGUGGAGAUGAUAUCGUGCCUUCUUCAACGCAAGGCUCCGAACUUCUUGAGAAAGUUUUAGCCGACAGAGGAGAGAAAUUAGUUGAUGUAAUGAAAAAACAAACAGAGAGGGCUGCACCGUACCAUCCUGAAUUAGAUACUGUUAAUCAGUUGAAUUUAUCAAGAUUUUCGGAUGAAAUGCUACUGAAUCAUGAAAGUGAUCAUCCAGCAACACAAAUUACUGGAAAAAGAUCGGUGCAUACUGAAGAACCAGCUGAAACUGCUGUCUUCAAACCUCAACAAGAUGGACUAAAGAUUUUAGUUCAUUCAAGUGCAGAGUAUAUAACUCUUGAGAAAUCACAGACAGACCAGAAACUCAAUGUGGCAAUAGAAAGGAAAAGUGCAGAUGAUAAAGGCUCAUCAAUCUUGUUAUUGUCGAAACCAGUUUCAGUACUUGGAGAGUUGGAUAUUAAUGAGAAAGUGAAUAUUGUAGUAGAUCUUCCUUCUGAAAAUGGGCAGGUCAAACUUCCCACCAAAUCUAUAGUUGAAGAUAAAAAUGAGCAACUCAAACUAAAUGGUAACGAUGCAGCCUAUCCCUCUGGAGUUUCUUCGCAUGCCAUCAUUGGCACCAAAGUGGACAUUCAUGUAGAGGAGCCCUUGAAAGCUGAUACCGACGCCCUUACUCUAUCUGUACAGGAUGUUUUAUUGCGUCCUGAAAGACUAAUCAAUACUACUAAAGAUUUGAAGGAUAUGCCAGCAAAAACCAGUGCAGGCAGUGACACAAUCAUUAUCAUAAAAGAAGGGCCUGUUGAACCAGCAGAGCCUCACGAAGCACGAGAUAUUGUUGCUUCAGCAGCAAUAGGGCCUUCACCACAUACUGAAAUUACUGAAGCUAGAGGUUUUCAAGGAUUGGAUGUAAUAAAAAGUAUUGUGUAUGGUGGGCUGAUUGAAUCAAUUACAAGCCUAGGUAUUGUGUCGUCUGCAGCAGGUGCUGAUGCCGCCACAUCAAAUAUUUUGGCUUUGGGAUUGGCUAAUCUGAUUGGUGGACUAUUCAUCAUUGGUCAUAAUCUGUGGGAGUUGAAAAAUGACCGUUACGAGGGUGUUUCUUCCCAUCAAGUAACUGAGAGACUAGACAAGUACCAAGAACUACUGGGCCGGAGAGAAAAUUUCUUGCUUCAUGCAACAGUCGUCAUCUUAUCAUUUCUCAUUUUUGGCUUACUGCCACCUGUCAUAUACGGCUUCUCUUUUCGCGAGAGUAACAACAGAGAUUUCAAACUCAUUGCAGUUGCUGUAGCUUCUCUUCUGUGCGUCACUAUACUUGCUACCGGAAAGGCUUACGUUCAAAGGCCACUGAAGGCUUAUAUAAAAACAGUAAUGUACUAUGUUAUCGUCGGGUUUAUGGCCUCUUGUGUUUCUUACACGGUAGGUGAUCUAAUCAAGGAACUCCUGGAGAAACAUGGGUUCAACUCUGGUGAUUUAGCUCUCACCCUGCCCAUUCUUGAGGCAACAUCAACGCAGUCAGCAUGGGAAUCCUAUUAAUUGGUAACAAAUUUUGAAAGCAGAGUUGUUUCAGAAACUUGAUUGAGCAGUGUGGCAGUGGGUCAAAUUAACCAUUUUCCUGCAGUGGUGUUUCAUUUUCGCUCUUUUUUAUUUAUAUUUUCUAGUCAUUUCCUAGGGCGACAGCAACUUGUAAGAGAAACAAAAUUUCGUUGAAAUAAAAGAGAAUCAAAUAAUUCAAUGCA